CGAACUUCUCUCAAAACGUCAAAAUUGAUAGAUUAAUGUGGAUUGUCAAAUUAUUUGUUGAUUCCUCAUCAGUUUUCAUAAUUAUGGAUUAAUGACAAAUUCCGCUCACAGUUUUACACUUUUUCAGAUCAUCUUAAUGAUUCUUCAUCUUUCGUCUUGCCCCGUUCAAGUAAAAAACUUUCCCGUUUGAACUGACAUGACUCUGGAGGAUCCUUUUUUUGUUGUUAAAGAUGAAGUCUUCAAAGCAUUGAAUAAAACAAGAGGAUUAUACCUCAGAUGGACCGAGUUCCAAGAUGACUCUCUUUGCAUCACAAAAGAUGAGGUAGAAUGGACCAACACUGAACUGAAAAAUUCAUUGCGUAGCAUCGAAUGGGACUUGGAAGAUUUGGAAGAUACGAUUGAUAUCGUUGAGAAAAACCCUACCAAGUUCAAAAUAGAUAACAAGGAGAUAACUACAAGGAAACAUUUCAUUGAUUCUACGAAAAACGAAGUGAAGUUGAUGAAAGAAAAAGUAAGCAUGAGUAGAAAUCGAGAAAGGGAUCGCAUUGCCAGACAGCCUCUAUUAGAUAAUAGCCCGGUGAGAAUCACCAACUCUCACAGCUCUACAAAGUAUUCAAAGCUGGAGAAUGAUCUAGACAGUCCGCAGCGGCAGUUUUUGAAUGAAACUCUCAAUCAGCAGCAGUACCUGACCAAGCAGCAGGAAGAACACUUGGAAGCGAUUGGUGAUUCAUUGGGAUCGUUGAAGACAGUUUCGAGGCAUAUAAGAGUUGAGUUAGAUGAACAAGCAGGAAUGUUGGAUGAAUUUGGGACCGAACUUGAAAAUACUGAUUCCAAAUUGGAUUCUACAAUGAAAAAGGUUGCCAAAGUCUUGCGAUUAUCCAAUGAUGGAAGACAGUGGACUGUCAUAUUCAUUUUGGUAGUAGUUCUGAUAAUUGUGAUAUCUUUAUUUUAUAUACUGUGAUUAUUUUUAUCAGUCUUGUCAAUUGCAUUGUUAGUGAAAACGUCUGUUUAUAAGUACAAAUUAAUUUUUUACCAAUCACAUUUUUUUAAUGGCACAUAAUAUCUUUUUUAUGUUAAUAUUGUACUAGGUAUUUUUUAACAUAGGUAUUAUUUAUUUAUUUUUAUUAUAUACAAAUGAAACUAGAAUGUUUAAAAUAAAUAACAAUAGAAAAUAGGACACAUUAGUUUUGGGUGGAAAUAUGGAAACCUCGUUCAUGAAUUUGUAUUCAAAGUUUCUGAAUCAUUUCAGAUGGGAUGUUUCCAAUAGUUCUUUGAAAAUUUUUAAAUUUUUCUUAUUUUUAUCUUCAUCCUACUGAUUUUUUUCCUCUGCAGGAAUGUCCUUAGAUUUGUGGGUGAUAUAAUUUUUCCUUGAAUAAUAAUUAAAAAAAACUUUUCUCUUUAAUUAAUUUUUGAUGUUACAACUUCUGUUCCAUUAUUAGCAAAAUUGUGUCAUGAUUUUUUCCUCUCUUCGUCCUUUUUCACUUUUUUCUUAAAUUUUUGUUCUGUAAAGGAUUUUCUUUUUCCUAUUUCCUUCAUGAAACUAUAUUUUUCUUUUUCCAUCUGAUUGUUUUCUUGAACUCCAUCAAAUAACUAUUCCUUUUCAUAUUUUAUGCUUUUCCAUAUUUAAUAGAACAAUUUUGUUUAUGUUUUGGUCGUUUUCCGGGUUUUGCUAUGAUCUUCUUUGGUUACAAUCUGCAAACGUUUCAACUACGGCAAUCAUCUUCAGUGGAGUACUCUUCUUGAUGUAUCAACAGUUAAUAAGUAUCAACAGUUGAUACCAAAACAUUGACACCAGCCGUGAAAGUCUACAAGGUCUACUUUUUAUAUAACUUAUAGAAAAAAUAUUGGCAAACUUCAUCAUAUGAUAGUGAAUUAUUAUUUGUUUCUGUGAAGAGCAAACUUAGAAUAGAAUCCAUAUUUCUUCCCAAACCAAUACACAAUACCUUUUUCAUCGACUGAACAUGUAGGAGAAUAAAUUUCUUUGAAAAACUGAUAUCUUCGCAUAUAAUUAAUUCCAGUAGAAGUUUCAGGAAUCAAAUACAUUAGAGACUAAUCAAUACUGAUGGUAGUUUCAAAGAUGUCAUGAGAAAAUAUCUCUGCUAGUCUUCUGCUAGCUUUUUCAAAGCGAAGAUAUCAUUUGUUAACAAAAUACUGGUUAACCAUAGUCAAGUAAUUUCAAUAACCUAUCAAAAAAGCUGAAGCGGCUCCUAAUGAAAGCUUAAAGUUGUUGCAGAAAAAAUAAUUUUAAUUAAUGGUACUGAUUGUUAGGUUGUACAUUUUGUUGUAAUUUUUUGUGUUCAUUUUCAUGUGACUUCACCAGUUUUUUUGGUCUCUUCAACAAACGAAACCAACUUUUCCAAAUCAAAAAUCUUUGGAUAUUCCCAACGGAGUUUUUUUUUUAAUUCUGUCAAGUUUUUGGGAAUCAUUGAGAAAUUGUUAUCAUUAGUGUCAUUUCAUAAUGUUGAUAAACUGAAAUUUGUUAGCCUUCAGGUCCAAAAAAUGUUUCACCUUGAAACCUUUUAAAAAAAAUCUGUUUAAAAUUGGGUUUUCCAAAAAAUAUGCUCCAAAUAAGAUUUCUAUAUUUGAGACAAGGACCCAGGAAACUGUAACAUGUGCCAUAACACAAUUACGAGUAUAAAUAGAUAUUUAUUUUGCCAUAAACUGGUUGAAGAAUUAUAUAACUACAGGGUUUAUCAUAAGUUGUGUGAUGGAUAUGGUUGAUAUUCGAUAAAAAUCCAUGUACUGUUGAAUUUUUUAGUUAAUUAUCAAUUCCAUCAUCAUCAGAAAAAAUUCAAUGCAGAAGAAGCAUUCAAAGUCAAUCCUGAAUCAAUUAAUUUCCAAGCAUUCCAAAAGAACGAGUUUCAAAAUUUUCUCCUCCAAUUGUAACACAUCAUGGUCGUUGGCCAUCUCAUUGAAAAACUACUAUGCUCUUAUACUCUUUUGAGGAAUGUUCUGCCAGCUGACCGAUAUGAAAUUUAGGAAAAGAACCAUUUCAACUUAUAUAUUCCCCUGAUCUUUGUGACAUUGAAGUUUUGCCUUCAUUGUUUUUAACAAUUGUUAUUUACCCUGAAAACAAAUAGAAAAAAAAGCCCGAUUUGUUUUUGGGUUAAUCAAAAGUAAGUCGGUAAUCAAUACCACUAAAUUUCAUAUUUUGAAGCUGGAGAAACUUGGUUUGUGCUAUGAGUUGUAAUAUCAAUAUUAAACUUACAAACUAGCGAUUUACAAUCAAUUAUACCGAGUUACAUAAAAAGAUUGGAAAGAUUUACUCAGAAAUCUCCAAUAAAAAAAAAACAAUGCUUUAUCAAAACUUUCGUCACUUGAUUUUUAGAAAAGCGAAGCAAGUUGAGGCUUGCAUUCAUAAACUUUUCAUGAAGUAUGACAGUUGCAGGGAAAUCGUCCCUUAUGAUACACCCUGUAUAAAUAAUAGAUCAAAUUUCAUGAAGAUAAUUAUUGAGGUGUUGGUGAAAAUGUGAACGUUAAUUUUUUGGAGAGUUCUUAUGAUCUGGUAGAAUUACAUUGUGUUGCCUCAAAGUAUGUGACAAAAAUCUGUUGAGGGUUUUCAGAGGAUCAUAAUUUAGUGAAAUUUCGGAUAGGCUGCACCCGUUAAAAAAAAGAGUACUUACAUCUUAUUUCACCUUCGUUGACGUUUUUCAGUUCAAUAAUCAACAUUUUUCCCAUAAAAACUACAAUUCACGGAGCUGUUUUCUGGCGAUAAAUCUCUCCAUUUUACGUUUUUGAGGUUAAUGUCAUAGUUGGCAUCACUUAUCAAAAUUUCAAUUCCAAAUCAAGUGUUUUGCCUCCAUUAUUGAAAUUUUCAAUUGUUUUUUGGUGCCAUUUUAUGUGGAGAAUGGAUUUAAGAAAUGAAUUAACAUUAACGUAUAGCAAAAUGAACCAAGUCAGUAUGAAUUGCGGAAUAAUUUUGAUAGUUCAAUUUUGUACUAUCACUAUUAUGCAGGAUGUUGUCGGACCUCAAAGAGAAUGGCCAAACCAUAAUAUUCAGGUUUUGUUAUGAAAUACUUUCAAAUAUAGUGAAAGGGUAAAAAUAUGUCUGUUUUUCUAUCUAAACAGAAACAGAGCUCCAAUGCUUUUGUACAACUUUUCAGUUAGGAUGAAAGCAAUGUACCCCGUCUAUAACUACUAAGAAACAACUAUUGGUUAAACGAUGGAAAUAGUUUCGACAAAUAUAAUUAAAUUGUAUAUAAAAAAUGGAACGGAGCCCUGAGGAACACCGUGAGUUAUAGGCUCUAAGUUAGAAAUGCUUCCAUUCGAGCUAACACACUGCUUUCUAUUUUUUAGAUAUGAUUCAAAAAGUUUCAAAGGUUCCCCUAUGAUACCAUAGCGCUGAAGCUAUGGAAGUCAGUGACAGUUACCAACCGCUAUUCCGAAAUGUCACUAGUAUAUAACCUUAAAAUGGAGUGAUGUCACCAGAAAACGAAUCCUUUGUUGAAUCAAGAUUUUAUAGAAAAAAAUGUUGAUUAUUGAACUGAGAAAGUGACAAAGAGGUGUGUAGGUGAUCUGUUGAAUAAAUACUUGUUUUUGAAUAGUUAGUAUUGUACAAAGAGAAAGCUGAAAAGUUGCAAUUUACGAAACUUUAUAGGGCUGUAAUUCUGGAAAUUUCCCUGGUGCAAAGUCCAAAUAAUGUUUAUUAACCAAGUCUUAGGUUCAACAGUAUUUUUUUCGCCGAAAAGCAAUACUUUUUUAAAA